UUCAUGUUGUCUGAUGAUGGUGGGAUUGUGGUAGAUGACCACAUGAGAACCAACUUACCAUAUGUCUAUGCUGCUGGUGAUGUUUGCACUGCAUCAUGGGAAUUUGCAACCCACUGGUUCCAGAUGCGUUUAUGGUGUCAGGCUCGUCAGAUGGGUGCAUAUGCAGCAAAAUGUAUGAUUGCUGAUGAACAAAAAGAAGAAAUACAUCAGGACUUUUGCUUUGAGCUCUUUGCACAUGUUACUAAAUUCUUUGGAUAUAAAGUUGUACUACUUGGUAAAUACAAUGGUCAGGGACUCGGCAAAGAUUAUGAAAUGUUACUCAGAGUUACGAAAGGAGUGGAAUAUGUCAAAGUUAUACUACACAAAGGUAGAAUGUACGGAGCUAUUCUCGUUGGAGAUACGGAUUUGGAAGAAACAUUUGAAAACCUAAUCCUUAAUCAGAUGGAUCUUAGCAUGUAUGGAGAGGAUUUACUUAAUCCAACUAUUGAUAUAGAAGAUUAUUUUGAUUAG